AUGCCAUUGAGCGACGAUCAACGAGCUGCCAUAGAACGGGUACGUCUACAGGCCGGUGGGAAAGGUCAUCCAUACUGCGAACACGAUUACAAUGUCCACCGAUGGCUGACUGCCUACGAGGGAAACGAAGAGGAAGCAGCAAAAGUCCUCAGAAGACAUCUCAAUAUUCGUGAAGUUAUGUCGCUAACAUCUUUGCCGAACGCCAAAGGUGAAGAUAUUGAUGAGGAAGCGGAAAAAUACGCUCCGCUAACAAUACUUGGACGAAAUCGACUCAAUGAUAAUAAGAUUCUACUCUUUGAACAUAGUGGCAAAAUCGAUCUGAAUGGAGUAGUCGAUAAUAUAAGGAUUACCAAAUUCCUACGCAUGAAAUUCCGUACGAUGGAACGUCUGCAGCAACGUGUUGAACAAGAAGAACGUCGUCAGGAUCAGCAAAGUGGUGGCGUUCUGAUCAUGGACCUCGACGGACUUUCAUUCAGCACCAACCUUUUGUCAGUACUAGCAGGACCGUACCGAAUACUGUGGGGAACGUUAUUCGAACAAUAUCCACAACUCAUACAGCAAAUAAUAAUCAUUAACGCUCCGAAAUUCGUCAAUCUUCUCUACCAAACGUGCAUUCCUUUUAUACCACAGGAUUACCGGAAAAAAAUUAUCAUCUGUAGCAACGAUGUAAAGUCUACAUUACUGGAACAUAUUGACGAAUGCUGCUUACCAAUGGAACUUGGCGGAAAUUGUGAAAUGACGUCAUCAGGAGAAUUCGAAAUCUUCACCCCGAUUACGCCACCACUCCAUCCCUACCCCAAGGCUUCACCCAUACAAGUGCCAAUGGAACAACUUACUAUACCAGCCGGUUCAUUUACUACACAAAAAUUCAAAUGGAAUGCCGGAAAUCAGCUGGAAUUCUUUAUGCAACAUGACCAGGAAUUCACUUUAUUCUUCUUUCAUGCCCGAGACGACACCGAUGACACCAAUGCAUGGCGUGAAAUCUAUGCUGGUUGUGAGCGUCCAGCAUUACCACAAGUUGACACAUGGCGAUGGACGGUGCCACAUGAUGGAUACUACUACAUACGAUACGGUAAUGAAAAAGCUUGGCUAUUCUCUGUCACAGUUCGUCACCUUAUUUAUCAACUAGAUGGAAGCGAAAAGAAGAUUGUCACUCCGAUUACAACGUUCAAUAAUUGA